CAGCAUAGCAACCUCCUAGCGACGACACAGCAGCGCUCUCAAGCGCUUAUCAUCAUGUCUCACGCUACGUACAACAAGCAAUGGGAUCUCUGUCAAACAGAGUUGAACGACCUUCUUGAGGUAGAAAUGCCGGCCGCUCCUCCCAAGCCAGAGAAGGACCGGAUUGUGGCGUUCCAGACAGUUGCUGUGUUGUAUGUGCGUUACAUACAGAUAUUCAGACAUUUGGAACAGUGUUAUGAUCAGAUUGUACAUCCACAAAAACUGCUAGUUAUUCGACAUGUCUUAGAUGGAGUGAUGGGCAGAAUUUUGGAAGUCAAGAAUGAAAUGGUGUUGCUUGAACACUCGGAAUUUCACUUUUUGGAUGAUGUACUUGCUGAUCUUAAACUCACACCAUCUGAUAUUGAAAUGCCAAUUCCCAAAUAUUUCCUUCGUUCAAGUUCUCGGCAUUUGAAAGAGAGGGAGAAGAUGCUUGGAACGAUUCUUGCAAAGAUGGGGCCACAAGAGACUAAAGAUGACAAAAAUGAAGAACCGGUGAUGAGUAUUUUUGAGGCAGUUCAGUUGAUUCAACUACACGAGAGAGCAAGGCAGGGAAGACUGAGAGCGAAGCUGUUGGUUGACAUCAAAGCACAACAAGAACUUUUAGAACAAGCAGCAUUGACGAAUAAACAACCACCACCACCUGAUGCUGCUGCUACUACUAUACAGAAGAUGUGGAAAGGAUACUCUCAAAGGAAGAAAACGAGGAAGAUGAGGGCGGACGAGUUAAUUUUUGUUGGCAUGGUUGCUCUUCCUGCUCUAAAGUCUGUGAAACAUACUCCCCAAACUCAGUUAAAGAAGAUAAUGGCAUCAAGGAGAAUUGUUCAGGAAGACAAUGAGAAUAGCUAUGAGGAUGCAUUAGUUUCAGUCAAGACACGGCUACGAGAGGUUGAAGGGCCGGACAUGCGUGAAUGCAUGCAGGAUGAGAUUCGGCAAUGGUUCAUUGAAGUCAGAGAUGCAACUGGAAAGUUUCCUGAGUACCCUGACGAAGAGGCUGGAGGCUCAGCUGUUAUCUUUAAAAAGCAAGAGCCAGGCAUGGAGGGAGAAAAGAAAGAGGAUGAGGGAGGGAAGAAGGGCAAAAAGGGAAAGAAAGGAAAGAAAGGAAAAAAGGAAAAGAAAGAGAAAGGGAAAAAGAAAGGAAAAGGCAAAAAAGGAAAGGGCGAAGAAGAAGAAGAGCCAGGGUGGAAGAUGCUUCCAUCGAACUUUAUGCCAACUAUUUCGGAGAGCUGUCAAUCAUAUCAAAAUGUUUGGCAGAAGAAAGAUGAAUCUUCAAAUUUUGAGCAGAAGCAUGAUGUUGAAUUGAUUAAAGCUGACAAACGCAUCGAACUUGAGGAUGAGAUUCGAGUACAAGUUGACAUUUUGAUGAGAGAAGAGCUGAAGAACUUGAAAUUGGCUGUGGACAGAGAUAAAGGAGCAAAAGGCAAGAAAGGAAAGAAGAGUGGAAAGAAGAAAAAGAAGAAGGGAAAAAAGAGUGGGAAGAAAGGAAAGAAGGGAAAGAAAGACAAGGAUCUAACAGCUGACAGGACUAUUGACUCACUGUAUGAAGAGCUUGUAAGAGAAGGAAUAAUUGUUCGAUGUCCAAAGGUUCAAAUGUCUGAAUUUUUUGGAGACUUUAAUUAUCUUGGCAUGACACUUCGACAGUCAAACAUCGAACCAAUGCCUUCACUGGCAGAUGUGAGAAGGGUCAUUACAGAAUACUGCAUUUUGCCACUUGGUUCACAGGCUGUUCAUGAGAAAGCUCCCCACAUAAAGUCUGUGUUAGUCUGUGGACCUCGUCAGACUGGCAAGAAAAUGCUCGUACACGCAGUUUGCACAGAGACAGGGUCUAAUUUGUUUGACUUGAGCCCUGCAAACAUUGCUGGUCGAUAUCCGGGCAAAGCAGGUCUUAACAUGAUGUUGCAUAUGGUAUUCAAGGUGGCAAAAGCUCUUCAACCAUCAGUUGUGUAUAUUGGUGAUGCCGAAAAAACGUGGAUGAAGAAAGCACCAAAAGGAGACAAGACUGAUGCAAAACGAGUCAAGAAAGACCUUCCUAAAACACUGAAGAACGUCAAGCCAGAAGAUCGUGUUUUACUAAUGGGUGUCUCAAAGCAUCCUGCUGAUGCAGAAAUAAAAGGUCUGUGUGGAGUCUACCAGAAACUAAUUCUUAUUCCAAGACCAAGCUAUCCAUCUCGAUAUGUGCUGUGGAAUAACUUGAUUCCAAAGAAUAAUGGUCGAGUGACUCAACUGUUGGAUCUCAGCUCACUAGCUAAGAUCGCUGAUGGUUACACUGCUGGCCACAUUAAUGCAGCUUGUAAAGAAGUAUUGACUGAUAGACGGAUAGCUCAGUUGAGCAGAAAGCCGCUUGUAGCAUCAGAAUUUGUUCCAGCGUUAGCAAAAAUCGAUCCCAUUUAUUCUGAAGAAGAGGAGAUGUUCAGGGUUUGGUAUGAAAAAACUCCUCUUGGCAAGAAACGUGCCAAGGCAGCAAAAGGUGAUGAAGAUGAUGAUGGAGGUAAGAAAGGAAAGAAAGGCAAGGGAAAGAAAGGCAAGAAGAAGAAGAAGAAGUAGACCUGAUAACUGUACAAAUCAACAUACAUCAAGCAUACAAGUACACCAUUACACUUCAAUGUACAGCGAUACAUUAUAAAUCUGUUGAGAGCAACAAGUUCUUACACAUGUUUUUAGAAAUAUAUAUUGUAUAUAUAUGCCCGCUGUUCUGCAAUUUUAGACAGAAAUUGCAAUUUAUUCUAAC